GGAACAAGUGAAGGGGGGUGGGUUCUAGAAGGAGUGCAUAGAGUUUGUGUGUCAAAAUGGUGGAGAAUACAGCUGUAAGUACGCUGUUUCAUAAUAACAAGUUUGAGCUACCGAGUGGUGUUGUCGGUGGAGCAAAGAAUAAAGAGCAACGGUGUUUGCAAAAGCUGUACGGAGACCAGGGAUCGAUAGGGCUGCAGUAUUCAGUAUAACCAGGACAGACUUCGGAGUCCAUAACCCACAGGACCUUUGUGGAGGGACGGAUACAAAUAGCGAGCAAAGCUUUGUUUGGUGUGGUGGUGGAGCUGCAACGUGUCUGCAGUUUGGGCUGGUGAGCUGGUAUGUGCGUCAUGCAAAGACCCUGUCGUGAGCCGCAUACUGACGGGAUUCAAUAUUGUGUAUUGUUGGGAAAGAAAGGCAGCGUUCUGGGUGGCACCUGUUUUAAAAGAGAAAAAAAACUAAACAAAAACAAGGAAGCCACAAGAAUACUAGGGCUGUGGUCGUGUUGUGCAUACUUAGCUGCUGUGUGCAGCGUUUCUGUUUAUGACAAACGGGACUCUUUAUUUCAGAGCGUUUAGUGUGUGCACGCACUGAGGAUAUAAACGCUAGUUAUUUAUGGACGGGUCUUUUUUUAUUGUUUGUUUAAGCAACAGCCUAAUUCCUGGGGCUGUGUUACUAUAAUGAAGGCUGGUUGCACCAACGAAAUUAAAAGAAACGCAGUUUUUAUCUUACGGUCGAGGUGACUGAAAUGUCUGUAAUCGUCUGGGGUUUGUGAAUUAGAGGCUCAGACGCGUUGGUUUUGUACAUUUUAAAUUACGUUUGUUUAAAUGGACUGUGUGAGUGGGAAAGAACAAGCAAACCAUAUGGACUGUGAAAGUUUGUUUUAUUACGAAUCAGCCAGGAACCUACCAAGCAGUAGGCUGCGCAUUCCAGUGUUCCCCCAGCAGAGGGUGCUCAAGGACCACACAGGGUUGCAAUCGUUCUGGUUAAGAGGGAGAAACCAACCUUGGAUUACGUACCUGUUUACCUGGAUAAGGACCACAAAAACGUUCAUGCAACAGCCUUGUGGAUUGUACUAAACAAAGAACAUGGGACACUUACCUGGUUUGCUCUAAGUGAUGCAAGGCCAGAUUAACCCUUGGCCAGCAGGCACUGGAUAAAAAAAACCUAGACUGAUUAUACCAUUGCUGGAAGCAAUACCAGCUGUUACUUGCCAGGAGGUCAGCUCGGGCACGGUACUAGAGAGGGGCGAAGAACUCCUACAUCCCCCUGGAUGUUUCAGAGGCAGUACCUCCCCCCACACCCCCAAAGGAAGCAUAUAAAGCUCAGCACAUUUCUUCAGACUCAGAAGUACUGUCCACACAGCACUGCAUGCUUCUACCAACAGCUUCUCCUGAGGAUCUCUCUGAGAGGUGCCUUUAUCCAACGCAACUUACAAGUGUUACAGGACGGUACAGGGUUACAAUGCAAGGUAUUUUCAAGAAACAGCUAUGGAGAAAAAUAACUCAUCCUACGUUACAAUGUUUACCCUUUCUGGAUUAAAUGAAUCAAGCACAAAUAAAUAUAUCUAUUUUUCUUUCACUCUCCUGGGUUAUCUGUUUAUCAUUUGUGUUAAUUUAACUCUAAUUGUAAUAAUAGCUCUUGAAAAGACACUUCAUGAGCCCAUGUAUUUCUUCCUCUGUAAUCUGAGUGCUAAUGCACUGUAUGGAACUGCUGGUUUCUAUCCUAAACUACUGUUUGAUUUUCUGUCUGAUACGCAUGUCAUCUUGUAUUCUGGGUGCCUUCUACAAAUAUUUGUCAUCUACAGUUUUUCUACGUGUGAAUUAUCAAAUUUAACAGUGAUGGCAUAUGAUAGGUAUGUGGCAAUAUGCAGGCCCCUGGAGUACCAUGCUAUCAUGUCGCCUUUGACGACUGGUAAAUUAAUUCUGUUUUCUUGGAUUUUUCCAUUCUGUUGUUUAUGUGUUAGUAUUCUAUUGACCUUCAGGCUGCCCUUAUGUGGCUCCCACAUUGAAAAACUAUAUUGUGAUAACUGGUCAAUUGUGAAAUUAUCUUGUGUAGGGACUACUGUUAACAAUGUAUAUGGAUAUGUUAUAAUAUGUAUAUUCUUUGCACAUUUCCUUUUUAUUUUAUUUUCCUACAUGAAAAUACUCAGAGCGUGCCGGGCAUCUAGUAUAGCAAUGAGUAAAUGUUUGCAGACCUGUUUGCCACAUUUGUUGACCUUGAUCAACUACUGUAUUGCCAUGCUUUUUGAUUUAAUGUACAGUAGAUACGGUUCAUAUGAUAUGCCACAGGUUUUACACAAUCUCCUGUCAGUGGAAUUUCUGAUCGUCCCUCCUGUUUUCAAUCCUGUCAUUUAUGGUUUAAACUUUCAAAAGAUCCGGAACAAAGUCACAAGAAUGUGCAGCAGAAACAAAGUAAUUCACACUUAAUAGAUUCCAGAUGUAGUUGCUACUAUUGCCUUUCAUUUAUAAGAAAUCAAAACUUUUAAUUGGAUAUUGUUUUCUAUAAUUAAUAAUAGAGCAUAUUAAAUAUUUUUCAUGAAAGAUUGCAAUACAAAACGAAAGUUGAGUAGUUUAGUAAGAUAUGUGCUUAUACAUACAGGAUUAUUUAAUUUGUAAUUGACUAAAGAAAGUGACAGAAUCAGGUAAGUUAAAUGGACCCGAUGCACUUUUUCAACUUCAUUGCAAACCUCUUCCUGAACCCUUCUUGAUCUUGUUGAUAUAAACUGAAAUGCUUAUUUAUUAAGGGUCACCCAUUUCUGAGGGUAGCUUCACAUUUUAUAUAGAAAAAUGUAUCAUCAAAGGAAUCAAAUGUACUGCAGGCAUAAGCUUCUGAUGUAAAAAAGAAUGUAAUAUUUAAUGAUUUUGUGUAAUGUAUUUUAAACUGAAAUAGUUUAUAUCCAUGCUAAGCACAAGUACAGUACAUGUGUACGAAGCAAAUAGAUAAAUACAUUGUUGGUCUUGUGGUUAAAAACAGUAAUUCCAGUCAGACUUUCAAAGCAGAUUCCUGUACAGGUUAAUAUGCAUGUUUUAUAAUUUCAGAAACAAUAAAGAGAUUAUUAAAUAAGCCAUAAUUCAUUACAUGAUUUAUAUUUGUAUAUAAUGUUAACACAAAUGCACAACCUUGAAUAUCUUGUUUUUAUAAUAUGGCUUAAAUACGAUUGAAUACAUAUUUUAUGUUAUAUACUGUAUAAAUACAAUGUAGUAUGUAUGUAUAUUGUUAAUGUAUUUGAUGUAUAAAAUGCAUCCUUACAGUAAAAAAAAAAGUGUUACAUAUUGGACAGGGAAAUGUUAAAAUGUA